GAGACAGAGGCUGGAAGGGACAGCUGGACAGCGCAGUGGGAGCGUUCGAAGUGCCGCUACACUGACCAAUUGUCAGAGAGCGACUUCGGAUUGCCUUGAAACUAUUUAAGGAUCUUUGUAGCAAAAGCUCGCGGGGAGAAAAGAAGACAAUAAACAGGAACAUAGUGAUUUGACAAUGGAGAAGCAUAAAGUGUUGGAGCGGUUGCUGGAGGAGCUGCAGAGGUUCUUGAAGCUGCUGGAUGCGGAGAAGUUGAGUGGAAACGCCACGGUUCAGAAGAGCCUCCUCACAGACCUGCUGCAGUCCUACACGUCAAACGGCUCAUGUGGGGAUGAGGAGUACAUUUACAUGAAUAAAGUCAUCGUCGGCAACAGUAAAGGCCCAACAGACCGAGACCACAGAGUUGAGACAGAGGCCAAUGGGAAGUAUGCUCCAGGCCCUCAGAAGAGUCUUCCAGAGUUGCCUCCGCCUCGAUCGUGUGUGGUGGGAAGAGAGCCCUUUCCCUUGCCUGCUGUGCCCAGUGAGUCCCCUGAGGGCUACUACGAGGAGGCCCAGCCUUACGACACCACCAUCAACGAUUUUGGUUGUUUUGGUCUCAUCUCAGGAGCACGGACAUGCGUAGAGGCCUCAGACAAUGUGGUCUAUGCUGUGAUCACGCGUGACGACGGCGAAGCGGUCAGCAGCUCCUACGAGUCCUACGACGAGGAGGAGGUCUCCAAGGGCAAGUCGGGGGCGGCGCAGCACCAGUGGCCGUCCACUGAGGCCUCUAUCGAGCUGAUGAAGGACGCCCGCAUCUGCGCCUUCCUCUGGAGGAAGAAGUGGCUGGGCCAGUGGGCCAAGCAGCUGUGCGUCAUCCGUGACACGCGCCUACUGUGCUACAAGAGCUCCAAGGACCAGACGCCGCUGCUGGACGUGAGCCUGGUGGGCUGCUCUGUCAUCUACAAGGAGAAGCAGCCCAAGCGCAAGGAGCACAAGCUGAAGAUCAUCCCACAGGGCGGCGAGGCCAUCGUGCUGGGCCUCCAGAGCAAGGAGCAGACUGAGCAGUGGCUAAAGGUGAUUCAGGAGAUCAGCCCCAAAUCCACAGAAGGGUCCGACGUGUCCGACUCGCCGCGCCUCAUCUGCACCAAGGGCGAGCUUGGCGAGAGAUACUCAGUGGCGUCAGAGAGCGGCAGCAGCACAGACAGCCCCGCCGAAGCCCUGGAGGCUCGCGACGUGAAGAAGAAGUAUGGAGCGGGCCUGAAGUUCAGUAAUCUGAUGAACAUCGGGAAGAAGAAGAUCUCCUCUUAUGACAGUCCAGAGAAAUGUGUGGACACCUCCGGUUACCUUAACGUGCUGGUGAACAACCAGUGGCGCUCGCGCUGGUGCCUGAUCAAGAACGGCCAGCUGUGGGUCUACCAGGACAAGAGCAAGGGCAAGCCGGCCCAGCAACCGGUGCCGCUGGGGGGCUGCCUGGUGCUGCCCGACCCCAGCCCAGAACACCUCUACUCCUUCCGCAUCCAGAUGGACGGGGAGCAGCUUGCCACCCUGGAGGCCAAGUCGUCGGCCGAAAUGGGCCACUGGCUGGGCUUGCUGCUCUCGCAGACGGGGACCAAGACCGACCCGGAAGAGCUGGCCUACGAUUACGUGAACUCGGAGAGGAUAUCCAGCAUAGUCAACGCGGCGAAGACCUCCAUGUACCUGAUGCAGAGGAGGUACUCUGAGCCCAACACUUACACAGACAGUCCCCCCUCCGACCUCCCAGGAUCGGAUGACAUUUACGAUGACGUGCCAUCCACCGAGAACGAGAUGGAGGAGGGUCUGGAGAACGGUGGCGAGGUGCUGACGGUGGAGCAGGACUCGAAGGACCGGCUGUACCUGGACCUGGUUCCCGUGCGCUCCUUCCUGCACACCAGCUCCCCCGGCCACACGUCUCCGCAGUCGUCGGCCCAGCCUCAGGGUCAGCAGCAGCCACAGCCGCCGCCACGGGACGGCAGCCCAACGGAGGCCCCCGCUGAGGAGCCGCAGGAGAACGCCUACCAGGAUGUCCUCCCCAACGAGGAGCAGUACGAGUCCAGCCUGCCCUGCGACACGACCCCACCACCCAAAGCUGACCCCGAGCCCCCGUCCUAUACCAGCCCUCGUCUUCACACCCAGACCCAGAGCCAGAACCAGACCAAGUCCCAGAACCAGACCCCGACCCCGACCCAGAGCCAGAGCAAGCCCCAGAACCAACACCCAGAACCAGACCCAGAGCCAGAGCCAGAGCCAGAGCCAGACCCAGAACCAGAGCCAGAGACCCAGACCCCCGACCCGACCCAGAACCAGACCCAGAACCAGACCAAGCCCCAGAACCAGAACCAGAACCAGACCAAGCCUCAGAACCAGUGCCAGACCAAGACCCAGCCCAGCAGCUUCCUCAGCCAAGAGACCACCAAGAAGGCAAACACCAGCUCCAGCUCCAGCACCCACCUUCAGCCCCAUGUGGCCUCCCAGACCCCCCAGAGCCCCUCAACCGUCCGGGGGAGAGCUGCCAGCGCGGACAAGGCCCGAGUUCCUGUGGCAGCGUGCUCGGGGUCGAUCGAGGUGAGGCUGGGGAAGAACCGGACGGAGGCCGACGUGCGGCGCUACACAGACGAGCGUGACUGUCUGGAGAAGGAGCGUGAGGAGGUUAAGAGCAGCCUGGCCACCUUCCGGAAGGAGCGGCGCGAGGCCAAGGAGGAGCUCAGCACCUGCCAAGACCCAGCGAAGCAGGCCAUCCUGGAGGCGUGUCUGAAGCUGAAGGACGAGGCGUGUCGGGAGGCGGAGCGCCGGCGCGUCGAGGUGGAGCUGCGUCUGAUGGAGGUCAAGGAGAGCCUGAGGAAGGUGGAGGCCGGCCCCUUCACCCUUGGCACUACUGUGGACAGCAGCCUGCUAGACACCACUGUGUCUAAGGCAGUUCCCACAUUUACUCCAGCUCCGGUCCCUGCUGCCCUCACCAGUAAUGGCGACACAUCACCAGUCAACUCGGCCACAGCUUUGAAAAACAGGCCUCUUUCCAUCAUGGCCAGCAAAGGAAAGGUGCUCGCCAAGGCAAAGGAAUGGGAGAAGAAGACUACAUCCUAGGGACGAGGAGCGGUUCACUUGAUACAACCAAUGCUGAUUUCUAAAGGGCCUUUGGCUCGACCAGGCUGCUUCUGCCUAGCAGGACCAGAGGUGGGAAUAACUGCCCUAUCCUCUCCUCUUGUGUCUGCCAGCCAUGCCCCCUAAAAACCUGCUUGUCCAAUCAAAGACACAGACAGUACUGAGUGACAACAGGUAUCUUCUUUGACACAGCCCACCACUCUGCCUCCCAGGACAACUAAUGCCACUGGACAAUGUUUGAAUUUGGGAGUGACAGGACGACAACAAAACAAGAAACUAUUUAAUAUUUGUUUGUUUGUUUGUUUUUAUAUAUGAAAAAGGGAGGGAUUUUAAUAACAUUGCAUUUUUUUCCAGACUUUUUUCAAUGACAUGUUUCGCAAUACAGCAGUAUGCACAUAAACGUACGGCAUGAUGUGUGUCUUUGGUUUUCUUGUGUAAAUGAAACGUGACCAAAUGAGGACCGAGAUGGUGAGUGUCGUCGCAUUUCCGCAUGCCGCCCCUUCAACCCCUCCCGUGCUGUGGACAGUUGGUACAGUCCAGAUUGUAACUUGGUCUAUGUAAGAUGGGAGCCAAGAUGUAAAUACAUAUUACGCCAUUCAGUUCUGUUUCUUUUUGACUUGUUACUGUAUGCUAGCUAAAACAUGCACUUUUUAUUCAAAUAAAAAAAACUUGGUAAUUACAGCAA